GUCGUGUGUUGAUAUCGGAAGUAACUUUAGUGGGGGGUUUUAAUUAUAACUCGCACUGAACAGAAGUGUAAACUCUACUGAAGUGAUUCGGCUCACUGGGACGGGAUCAUAAAUAGCUUAAUUGAUAGUAGCAGGAUUUGUGAAGGAGCAUGUCAUAACGCAGAAGCGGGUUUGCUAGGUGGUUAGCAGUGAGGAGGCUGGGUCGAAACCCGCCCACUGCUGCGACUUUCCUCCGUUUAUUUGCAUGCUGUUUUGACUGUGGUUCAGUAGUUUGUGGGGUUUGAAUGGUAAACUAGUCUCUGGAUUAAGACCAAGCUAACAGUUAUCUAUUAAAACAUUUCCGUAAGGACUGCUAGCUGUGUAGUUUAGCGUAGCUGACAGGUGCAUAGUGUGUGACCUCUGCUGUGGUAACUACUUCCGAGCGAACUAGCGAGAACUUUUCUGUCACUGAAAACAGCACUCUGUGUGGCGAGUUUAUUUUGUUAUUUUUUGUAUCUUUUCUAUUAAUAUCAUGGAGCACCUUGAAUUAUUCCUGAUUUAAAGGCUACUCCGCUAACACGGUCGUGUUCCUGUAGAACUGGGCGAGCUUUUUGCUAGUUGGUUGGCAAGCUAACAAAUUAGCCCGACUGACAGGUGGGCAGCUGUCUGCUUUUAAUAGCGGUUUAACCUGCCUUUAAGCUGCUUAUCUAUAUAUACAAAUAUAGCGUGUUUCACGGCUAAAUAAAAUUAGUUAUUUUGUAUGAUAGUGCGUAUUAAAAUAAGUUGGGGUUUUUCACCACCCACGUGAACUUUGUCUAGUUUUGGCUGGGUUUUGGAUAUUUCACAACUCCUGCUGCAUUAUUCAGUCUGUCAACAUCAGGAUCCUGAAAAGCUUCAAGCAUUGAAUGAUUGAAUAACGUUGCGGGCUUUGAACACUUUAAUGCACAGGGACAGGGUUAUAUUAUAUUAUUUUCGAAGGAGAAUAAAAUAAAGUAAUAUAAAGGCUCGGAUCAUUCUGGCAUUUGGAAUAAUCCGAAGAGACAAGGUUCCUGUAUGUAACAACUCCUACAGCAACUAGACACAAGAAAUCAUCUUGCAUCAAAACAUCGAAAAGGUUUUCACACCAUGACCGAUUAAUGCUAUUUUCAUCCCGGAGAGUUUUUGUUUACUGUGGUCUAGUUGCACCCACUAUCUUCUCAGGACCUCUACAGCCCCCCAUUUUUUUUUAUGACCGUUUAUGACACAUCUGGACUGAACCACUAGAAUUGCAACCCUUUUAUCUCUAGAAUGACACUCCAUACUUUAAGGACAUUUCUCUGCUGUCGAAAUCCAGUCUUGUUUGUUAUCAGUGGGAGCGGUCGCCUGUAUUUCCAUCAGACCAGUGUGUGUAAAGGGGCUUCCCAAGCUGGCAGUGGUUUCAACCCUUCAAAAGUCGCAGUGGUGACUAAAACCACACGAUAUGAAUUUGAGCAGCAGAGGUAUCUCUGUCCUGGAUUGUCAGAAGAGGAGCUGAAACAGAUGCUAGCCCUGAAGGGAUCCAGCUACAGUGGUCUUCUGGAACGGCACAACAUCCACACGCACAAUGUCGAACACAUCGUGGACAAUCUGCAAAAACAAGGCAUGGAAGUUCGUGUGGUUAAAAGAGGAGAGUAUGAUGAAGACACAGUCAGAUGGGCAGAUGCUAUUGUGUCUGCUGGAGGUGAUGGCACCAUGCUGCUGGUUGCUAGUAAAGUGUUUGAUAAGAACAAACCUGUAAUAGGAGUCAACACUGAUCCCGAAAGGUCUGAGGGCCAUCUGUGCUUACCUGUUCGCUAUACACACACAUUUUCUGAAGCAUUACAAAAACUGAGACGGGGUGAUUUCAGGUGGCAGUGGCGUCAGCGGAUCCGCAUUCACUUGGAGGGCACAGGGAUCAACCCCACUCCUGUGGAUCUGCAUGAGCAGCAGCUCAGUUUAGAGCAACACACCAAAGCACACCGAUUUACCAACGACUCCCAGCACAAAAAAACACAUGAAACCUACACAUUACCGUACCUUCUUCCCGUCCGAGGACUCAAUGAAAUCUUCAUCGGAGAAUCCCUCUCCUCGAGGGUGAAGUAUAAAUCCUUCAAACCCCAUCUUACCCUCUCGCUCCAUAGGGCUUCCUACUAUGAGAUUUCCAUUGAUGAUGGACCUUGGGAGAAGCAGAAGAGCUCAGGACUUAGCAUUUGCACUGGAACCGGAUCCAAAGCCUGGUCUUAUAAUAUUAAUAAACUUGUGAAACAGACUGUAGAAGACGUCCUUCAAAUAGGCAAAGGCAAAACUGGUUUAAGUAUCCCCCUAAACGAGGAAGUAAUCAGAAGUGUGACUGAUGCGUACAAUGAGGCUCUUAUAUUCAGUCCAGAGGAUAACCGAGUUUUCUUUAGCGUCCGAGAGCCCAUCGUCAACAGAGUGUUUUCCAACAGCCGCCAAAGAGGAUUUGCAAAAAGGGUGUGUGUACGCUCGAGGUGCUGGGACGCCUGCAUGGUUGUGGACGGAGGAACAUCCUUCGAGUUCAACGAUGGUGCUAUUGCCACUAUCAGCUUACAUGAGGAGGACCUGCUGAAAACAGUUCUUCUUGACUGAACUCAUGAACACGGUUUAAUACUGGAACUGUCAUCAAGGUGCACUGGGUAUUAUACUGACUUAAGGUCCAAAAGAAGAAAAAAACAAAAGGUUUACCAUCACAACGUGAAGGCACAUCUGUUACAGAUCAUGAAGUAGAAUGAGCUUGUACUUUUAUGAUUUCACCAUCAGGAUAAGAGUCUUUGUUGUUAAUGAAUUCCUGCUGGCUGUAACCCUAACCUAACCCUAACCCCUAAUGGACCUUAAUAUAGUAUUUCGGCAAGAAAUAUCUAAAGGGUUUUUAGCCAGACAGAAUGCCAUGCAUUUGUUGCCAUCAUUCUCAACUAUUAAGAAGAAAUCUCUCCACAGAUAGAUACAUUUUGUUUGCACAUUUGAAUCACUGCCAUGCAAAUAUAAAUACAAUCAGGAUUUAUGCAGCUUUAUGUAUCCAGGGGUGUUUGAUUAUGGUGCUAAGUUUGCAAUUAUUCAAUAAUGAUAUCUCUUCCAAUAUCAAAGCAGUAACUAUUUCAAUACCCAGUCAACUAAUUUUUCAUUUGCCCACAAUAUUUUUCUAAAGACUUUUAUAAAAUAGAAACAAAAAAUGAAUGUAAACUAAAGUGACCACGAGAGGUAUUUACUGAAUAUAAAUGAAUGUAGUAAACGUUCACAUUUGAGCACUCCACUGGGUCUGAUGCACUCCUGUGUUAACAAGCAUGGCCUUUUUUGUUCUACAAGCUCCACAUCUAGUAUCAUUGGCGUGACUGUUAAAACCAUCUGCGUCCUCAAAGUUUUUGGGUCCUGUCAUAUCCCAGUGCUGACGGAUCUAGUUGACUUUUUCAACAGAUCAGUGUUCGCACUGAUAAUGCGCUAUUGUCAAAAAGUAUUUUAUUGCAAUACUGAUGUACCAUCAUAACAUCCACCCCUAGUUUUCAGUCUUCCAGAUCAGGUUAAUGUUUCAAAGUAAAUGUAGUUUGUUUGGAACUUGAUUUAAAAAAAAAAAAACAACAGGAAUUGUGUAACUUAUUUAGUGGAAAUGAUGAAGCCCUUCAAGUGAGACCCGCAAAUACAACUGUGAAUAGCUUAAAGUACUAAAAUAAUACAAACAGCUUUAAAUCAGUUUAUUACACCACUAAGUGGUAAGAAAUAUAGUAUUAUAUGAAGCCCAUGGUAUUAACAGAUCAAAGCAUUUAAUUGAAUUACUGCACUAAAAUGUCCUAUUUGGAAAGGGAUGUGCCAAGUUGGGUUCUGCAUAAAGGACAGAAGUGAAAUGUCUAAAUGUGUGGCUGGAUUCUUUAUUAAUGAAAAUAAAAACUAGUUUUAUGUUCUGA